AUGAAUAUUUCAAUAAAUGGUUACUCAUUGCGAAAUUUUAAAUUCGAAUUUGCAUUGAUUUUGACUACAUCACUAGUCGCUGCUGCGAAAUUUUAUUUCAGUUCUUCGGAGAACUUCGUUGUGUAUGGUUUGCUGUCGUUGUCUGGACGGGAUUGUGAAUAAGAAUACAUGAAAGAAUAAUAAAAUAAAAAGAACUGACAAAUUGUUAAACAGCAAAAGUGAAACAAGUGUGUUCAAUUAAUUCAAAAUUAACAAGUGCUGGUCUCAAUAUUUUGAUAUAUUGGUACGCAAAAUAAACAUUGACGGCGACUACAUUUUGUGGUCGAGUUGUGAUUUUGCUGCAUCUCAGCCGUGAAUAUAACAACAAUUUACAUCCCGUCCAAAGGAUAGCAGGUAAAAGUACAUCAAUUUGCAGAGAAAAUGUCUUCACCAAGUGCUGGCAAACGUCGUAUGGAUAACGAUGUCAUCAAACUGAUUGAAUCGAAGCAUGAGGUUACCAUACUCGGUGGUCUUAAUGAAUUUCAUGUAAAAUUUUUUGGGCCUAAUGGUACGCCGUAUGAAGGUGGUGUUUGGAAGGUGCGUGUCUACUUGCCCGAUAAUUAUCCAUUCAAAUCGCCUAGUAUAGGUUUUGUUAAUAAAAUAUAUCAUCCAAAUAUUGAUGAGCAAUCGGGCACAGUUUGUCUUGAUGUGAUCAAUCAAGCGUGGACUGCACUAUAUGACUUGUCGAAUAUUUUCGAAUCCUUUUUACCACAAUUGUUGACAUAUCCAAAUCCAGUGGAUCCAUUAAAUCGUGAUGCGGCAGCGUUGUUUUUGCAUGAACCGGAAGAAUAUCAUCGUAAAGUAGCAGACUAUGUGCAACGGUAUGCAACUGAGGAAGCGUUACGUGCCGCACAGCAAGACCGAGAUAGCAGUGAUAGUGAGUCGAGCAUGUCUGAUUAUAGUGAAGAUGAAGCAAGAGACAUGGAAUUAUAAUAUCCGGUUAUUAUUAAGCUUAUGAUGUCAAUCUGAAUUUUUUAACUCAUUUAUCGCAAAACGAGACACCAACUAUACACUCAAAAAACUCUUUUUCAUAUUAACAGUAGCAACAUUUACUUCAAAACCCAAAACAAACAUACAUAUUUUAUAUACUAAAUUAGUGCAAUUUAUUUUUUAUUUGUAUAAAAUUAUUUUAUCUGAAGUUUAUCUGAAUUUGUCAAAAUGGAGCAUAUUUUUAAUUUGUAAAAAAUUUUUUGUUUUUCUGCUAUUGCUAAAUAAUAAUAAAUUAAGUAUUUUAAAUUGAGAAUUAAGUUGUUAAAUGUUUUUACUUUUAUUUAUCAUAUAUUUAUAUCAAUUUGUAUUCUUGUAUUCUUGACAACAGUUGAUUUAGUUAGAAAAUUGUUUUUUGUUUUUCUUUGUUAUGUUAAUAAAUUUAUUAAAUUUAGUAAAAAAAAUAUUCAUUUAUUUUUAAAAGGAAAAUUUUGAAAAAUAUGUAAAAAACUUUUAUAUAAAUUGUUCAUAUAUACGAAAGUACCACAAACCAUCCAAAUACAAAAAGUUCAUUAAAUAGAAAUAUAUGCAUAAAAGUCGUACAUACAUAUAUAGUCAGAAAACAUAUAUACAGUUUUUAAGUAAACUUCAAUUAAUCUUAAUGAAAGUAUACACACAAAUGGCAUUAAUAACCAGAAAACAGAAUUGUUUCUUAGAAUUAUGAAAGACAAAACCAAAAUAUAAUAAAACUAUAAUGUUAUAUAUAUAUUAGAUUACACUUGAACGUAUUUGUAAAUUUAAGCGCAUUUUUAAAUUAAUUUAAAAAUUUUCAAAGAAUCAAAUACGCUUUAAUAAUAUUUGCAGAAUAUACUAGUGUAACAGAUGUAUAUACCAAGAAAAAAAAACCAAUAAAAUAAUAAAUAUGAGCUAAUGUUAUGUAAAAACAAAUUAAAAUGUAAUAGUUAAAAUAAUUUUUUUUUAAAUAUUCAACAGUUUAAUAUAUCCAAAUGAAUAGAUAAGAAAUAUAAUACAACAUAAAUAUGCAUUCAGUAAUACAGUUUUCAAUGUUUAGUAGUGCAAUAAUAUAAACGCAAGUUAUUCAAAUAAACGAUUUUUGUAUAAUUAA